AUGAUGCCAUCGCAAUUCUUAACCUCCCGAUAUGAUAACAGACGGAUAAUCGAUGCCGAAGUUAACCAGGUUCACAUCCUAGUGGAUGAACGUGAUAAGAGAUUUUCACGUGAUAAAAAUGGUCCACGUGAUAACGACUCUUUACCGGAGUCUAUACAAACUUCCUUCGUUAGAUCUACCGAGUCUCUUACUUAUGAUUGGUUAGAAGUAUCCCCAGUCCGGAGUAUUUUGGUUCAGUGUUGUGUUGAAAAAGAUUACAUCAUUGGUCCUAUUAAGACCACCGGAAUUCCGUGA